GGGGCGGAGAGUGCGCUGCGGAUCUCCUUCUUUUAGGAGAAUGAAACUCGAUCCCGUCGCGCCGGUAGCGCUCGGUAUAAAACAGUCCAGCGGAAGAAGAGACUGUGAGAAUAAUAUCACUGUGAUCGGAGAGUGUGGAGUUCACGAUCACCGAAAUGACGUGCAGAUCUCCAGAAGUCCGGGAGUUUCGCAAAUGAGCUGACACACAAACGCCGCGCUCCUCCGUUAUUCCUCUCGUUUCCAAUGAGAACAUGAUGCGUCCUGGAAAGACGGACAGAUAAUGACCGCACUGCUUGUUUCUGAUCAGUCGAUGAUACUUAGAGGCUUUUGUACGCACGAGAAGAAGACUGCAUGGACGCACCAGCUUUGAAUCGAAGUCGUUAAAUCUCGCCGGUAUCUAUUUUUGUAUGAAAACAUGAACUCGUUGUUGUUUGGAGAAGGUUUUUUGGGCGGCGUGGUGAGCGGCGCGCCGUCGGACGCGGCUCCCAGAGCGCUGCGCAACGACCUGGGGUCCAACAUCCAUGUCCUCAAGACCCUCAACCUGAGGUUCCGCUGUUUCCUCGCCAAAGUCCAUGAGCUGGAGAGAAGGAACAAACUUCUGGAGAGCCAGCUGAAGCAAGCCACCGGUCAGCCGAGGCACCAGGGCUUCUCCUUCUCGCGUGAUGUCGCGGUCCAGACGGACUCUGCGGGGUCCAGACUUCCAGGCACCAUCUGGAGCUUUACGCAUAUUUUGAGACAAGGAGAGCGCGUCAAGACUGUCCAGGGACCCGGAGUCACCUGGACCCAUCCGGAUGGGGUCGGGGUCCAAAUCGACACCAUCACCCCAGAGCUGAGAGCCUUGUAUAACGUUCUGGCCAAAGUCAAACGGGAGCGGGAUGAGUACAAGAGAAAAUGGGAGGAGGAGCUGUCGAGAAGAGAACAGAUGGAGUCGAUGGUGCAGACGCUGCAGGAGAAUGUAAACGAAUCCGAAGCCAUUCAGGACGAGUUGAACGAGAAGGUCGAAAGACUAAAAGCUGAACUGGUGGUCUUCAAGAGCCUCAUGAGCGAUGCUGGCGGACGCCGCCACUCUAAAGCUGUAGAAAACCGGAGGAAAAUCCUGGACCUGAAACAAAUGUCCGACCUCGACACCAAGAUUCAGGAGAAAGCCAUGAAGGUGGACAUGGACAUCUGCAGGAGAAUCGACAUCACAGCCAAACUGUGUGACGUGGCUCAGCAGAGGAACUCAGAGGACAUGUCUAAGAUGUUCAGCGUCAGUCCAUCCAGAGCACCAGCAGACAGGAUGGCUGUGGUGUGCAAAAAGAAGGAGAAGAAGCCAGUAUCAGAUGAGGAAAACUCAGAGAUGGAUGCAGAUCCCAGCACUUCGGAGGAGGACGUCCCUUUCAACAUCACAGACGAGAUGAAACGCAUGCUCAACCAGCUACAUUGUUCAGAUAACUCAUUUGUUGCUAGGCGGGAGACGUUUGAGAUCGAUGAUGACUGUGACAGUUUGACGUGGGAAGAGAACGAUGAUACGCUGCUGUUAUGGGAGGAUUUCGCCAAUUACAACGUGCCCUACAGCCUUACUAACAACACCGGUGCCCUCGACUGCAACGGAGAUGCACAAGAAGCGGAUGGCAGUCUGGGAAAUCUCAUCGAUGAGACUGAGUCUCUUAUCAAGACCAGAGAGCAGGAAUAUCAGGAGACAAUCGGACAAAUCGAGAUGGAGUUGGCCACGGCUAAGAGUGACAUGAACAGACAUCUGCACGAGUACAUGGAGAUGUGCAGCAUGAAACGAGGGCUGGACGUGCAGAUGGAGACGUGCAGGAGAAUGAUCAAGGGUGGCAGAAAUUCUCUUUCCAUCAGCUCAUCUGUGAGCAGUGACUCAGGGAACACUGACGAGAUACAAGAGGAGUUGGACAAGGAUGGAGAGACGGAGGGGCCAAUCAGCUGAUACCUGCCCAGGCUGACCCCGCCCUCUUCCCCCCACUGAGCUCCAGUCAGCUCUCGGGCCUCCCAGCAGUUGACCAAUGGCGUUACACUGAGGGACAGAGCCCACUCACACAAACCCCAGAUCCUGUAGGUGCUUUAACGUCUCCGUGUCAGAGUGGGGUGGAGUUGAUGAGGGUUGUUUUUGUGCUUCGACAUCAAUAUUGAUGCGUCACAUGGUGCCACAGCUGUCACAGGACAGCCUAACUAUGAAUCAGAUCAAUCUCAGCCAAAAUACAUCACAUAAUACACCCGAUCAAACCUGAAAUCAAGUCCAUAUCUCGAUUAGAAACCGGAAAACAUUCGUGCAACAUGAGUGAUACAUAAGACUGAAAGCCAUUCAGACCAAAACUCCUUGCGAUCCAACACUUCAGAAUGCUUUCCUUAAUAUUUGUGGCUUUUUAUUUUUCUAAAAACUACUUCAGAAAUCAGCAGUUUACUGCAGAAACAUUUUGGCCUUUUUAAGCCCCGAAUCCAGUCGUUGAAUGUGGAACACAGAAAAAGCUCACGUUCUAUGCAAUCAGCCUUAUUUUGUGAUCUGUGUUUUCCCAGCUAAUAAAACUAGGCUCUUAGAAUGUUUUGCUGACGUUCCCAGUUAGUUAUGUAAAUGUUAUUUAUGAAUGUGUGACUUCGUUUUAAUCUAAAUGUUUUAACCCUCUGGUGCUCUUAAGUAUAUAUAUAUAUA